AUGGACGGUGCAGUCGGAAUCCCCGCCACGCCGAAUGGCAACAACAACAACAACAACAACAACGCGAGUCCUCCGUCGCAAGGCCAGAAACGCCAACGAGCAAAGCAAGCCUGCGAACCUUGCAGAUUGCGGAAACGACGCUGCGAUGGAAACCAGCCGUGCAACAUGUGCACCCAAUUUGAAUAUAAAUGUUACUUCGAAAAGCAUCCAAGAAAGCGCAGCAAGCUUGUGGAAAAACAUGCGAUAGCAGAUGCUCAGCUCACGCUUGCUCACGCUGAUAUCAAAGCCGAACCUGGAUCUAAUGGCCCAACUACAGAGGACUUGUCCAAAAUGCGCGCACUCGAAGCCAACAGUGGGAUCGCAUUCACACGACUGCUGGGCAUGAAACUGGACCCAAGCAGUCGACCGAAGCUAUUCACGUUUGGGUGGAACCUGGGAAGCAGCGCAUACCAGCCACCGCCUUCGGUAGACAUAACCACAAUUCUGGAUCGACAUCAGAUGCAUGCGGUAGCACUACUCUUCUUUCAGAAUGUUCACCCUAUAUACGGAUUCCUUGACAAGGAAUGGGUCAUGGAAGGAAUUUCACAGAGAUGGGCCAGACCUGGGGAAUGCGCAGUGCCCGACCAUAUCCUGUGUGGCGUGGCAGCGAUCGGUAUCCUGUUCUCGCCCGAUGGAACCUUAGUCCCAGUCCUGCCACGGCUUGUGGAUGCGCAGAAGCAGGCUCUAGAGAGUACAAGCACAAUGCAGCCACCGAACCUCACGGAUGUCCAAUCAUGGAUAUUGCGAUGCCUUACGCUACGUGUAACGGACCAUCCACACGCCACUUGGAUCGCAACUUGCACGGCAAUGCAUCUUGUUGAGUCUGUCGGCUUGCAAUUGGAAGCAAGCACGUCUGUCUUGCAUCCUGCUGCGAAUGAUUCGAAUAACCCUGAGCUCCGUCGAAGAGCAUUUUGGGUCGCACGGAUGCUGAAUUCGUGGGUCAGCUUUGAGUACGGCAGGACGAGGGUGGCGCUUCGAGGCAUUACGGCUCAACUCCCAACAUCGGGCGAAGGCGACUACACCACAGAUUACAUCAACCUGUACAGUAUUUCAUGUUGCUUGGACCCAGAGCAAUCAGAUAAAGCCGGGCAAUGGGAAGAGUUUCUCAGUCAACUCGAUGCGUACGAACCGCCCCACGAUGGGAUUGCAUUGUCAAAAGCAAAUCUCGCGCUGUGUGGCUAUCGGCGAUUGCGCUUGGCGAACCCCAACCUAUCACCAGAUGUCAUCAACCGAAUCAUCAACAUAGGCCUGGGCGGGCUUGAUGCGGCGCGGAGGAUGGCCGAGCAGGGAAUGCCUUGGUGGCAUGUGGCCAACGUGCCUUUCCAAGUUAUCUGUGUCUUUCUGGCUAUGGACGGCCGCGAGUCACUGUCGCACCUUUCGACGGCAAUGCGCACACUGGAGUUCGUGGUUGAGCGGUUUCGCACAGUAGCCAUGAAAGAGGCACUCAAGACAGCUCGAUUCCUGGUUAGGCUGUCGAAGAGGAGAAAAGACGAGGACUCCGAAGUGCUUGGACUCAGCUUGCAGAAAGCCGCGGCAGAAGAUCCCGCUCCUGAAAACCUGAAGGGAGCACAAGCUCAGCAGCAAAUUCCGAACGGCGCAAACGCGGAUGGCAUGGAUGAAUUGCCCAGAGAUGCUGCAACGGGCUCGAGCAAUGAGGACUGGAGUAUGGACAUGCUGGACUCACAAUUUGACUGGAACUAUUUCCUGACGAACGACUUACCCGCUUUCGGCACGAUAGCCCCCGAUGGAACAAUGUAG